AUGAGCUCAAACACAGAAGACGAUAAAUGUCCACCCUGUUUCAAUUGUAUGCUUCCGGCAUUUGAAUGUAAGCAGUUUUCCAAGUGUAAUGAAUUCAAUGGACAAUGUGAAUGUAUUGAUGGGUUUGGUGGACAAGAUUGUUCUGAGCCACUAUGUGGAUCCUUGACAAAAGAUAGCAACAGGCCUAUAAGAGAUGGUGAUAGUUGUGAUUGUGAUGAUGGAUGGAGUGGUAUCAACUGUAAUGUGUGCAAAGAAGAUUCAGUUUGUGAUAAAUUUAUGCCUGAAGGAUUGUCUGGUACAUGUUAUAAAAAUGGUAUGCUUGUUAAUAAAUUUCAUCAAAUGUGUGAUGUCACCAACAAAAAGAUUGUUGAGAUUUUGAAUGGGAAGAAACCACAAGUUACUUUCAGCUGUGAUAAAAAGGAAUCUACCUGUAAUUUUCAAUUUUGGAUUGCUGAAAAGGAAAGUUUUUACUGUGAUCUUUCAACUUGUGAUUACCAGUUUGAUUUGAAAUCGAAUGCUUCUCAUUACAAAUGUAAAGAUGUUUCAUGUAAAUGUGUUCCUGGAAGAAUGCUCUGUGGUGAAUCAGGCUCAAUUGAUAUUUCAGAUUUUUUAACAGAAACAAUUAAAGGUCCUGGGGAUUUUUCAUGUGAUUUAGAUAAACGAAAUUGCAAAUUUUCCGAGCCAAGUAUGGAUGAUCUGAUAUUAUCUGUUUUUGGGGACUCUUAUAUUACGCUACAUUGUGAUUCUGGUGAGUGCAUUCAUUAUAGUGAAAUCCCAGGUUACGAUAUUCCAAAGAAACCAAAAUUUACAUUAAAAAGUUUGUUCAAUGUUGUGGCAGUCAUUAUUGGUGUUGUUGCUGUUCUUGUUGGAGCCGUUUUGACAAUUAGAAAAUCUCCUCUAUUUUCUGGAGCUCAAAUUUCACUAGAUGAUUAUUCAGAUGAAGAUGACCAAGAUAGCUUGCUAAACUAUACUCCAGUAACUUUAACUUUUGAAGAUGUGUCGUACUCUGUCGGAUCAAAAGCAAUCUUAAAUAAGGUCACUGGUAUAGUUAAACCAGGUGAGAUGUUAGCCAUAAUGGGUGGUUCCGGUGCAGGUAAAACUACAUUACUAGAUAUUUUAGCUCAAAAGAAUAAAAAUGGUGUUGUAACUGGUGACAUUAAGGUGAAUGGAAACUCAGUGUCUAGACAUGACUUGAGGAAAAUUAUUGGAUUUGUUGACCAGGAAGACUAUUUACUUCCAACUUUAACCGUUUAUGAGACUGUUUUGAACAGUGCCUUACUUAGACUACCAAGAAAUAUGAGUUUCAAAGCUAAAGAGCGUAAAGUUUAUGAGGUUUUGAGAGAACUGAGAAUUUUGAAUAUAAAGGAUAGAACCAUUGGCUCAGAUUUUGAAAGAGGUAUCUCUGGUGGUGAAAAGAGAAGAGUUUCCAUUGCUUGUGAGUUGGUAACUUCACCUUCUAUCUUGUUUCUUGAUGAGCCAACUUCAGGGCUAGAUGCAAAUAAUGCAAGCAAUGUUAUCGAAUGCCUUGUUAGACUAUCUAGACACUACCACAGAACUUUGGUGUUCACUAUUCAUCAGCCUAGAUCUAAUAUUGUCUCUUUAUUUGACAAGUUGGUGUUACUUGCUAAUGGUGAACUGAUUUACUCAGGGGAAAUGAUUCAAUGUAAUGAUUUUUUUUACAACAAUGGUUACAAAUGCCCUAAGGGAUACAAUAUUGCAGACUAUCUGAUUGAUAUUACAUUCAGUGAGAAACACAGUAUUGGAAGACCAAACCAAUUUCAAGUUGCAGGUAUCGAUGAAGAAAACGCUGAUUAUGGAGACGACCAAGAUAUCCAUAUUCCAAGAAGGUCAAGUAGCACAAGUGAUACUCAAAGAGAAUGGGAACAUUUUGCCCUUCAUAGAGAUGAUGCAGGAUUCAACAAAGCUGUGAAAAACCAUCCAGAAGAAGUCAGAGUUGAUACUAAAAUUUAUGAUAUGUUCCAAAACUCACAAAACUUUGAAAUGCUGAAAGAUGAAAUUGAAAAUGCUAAAGUGAACUCGUCCGAAAUUGUCUUCAAAGGGAACUAUCAAAAGGCAAGCUUCCUAAAUCAAUUUAUCAUUUUAUCAUCAAGAACAUUCAAGAAUCUUUACAGGAACCCAAAAUUAUUGCUAGGUUCAUAUAUUCUGUCUGUUUUCAUGGGAUUUUUCUGUGGGUUUUUGUACUACAACGUUGAUAAUGAUAUUAGUGGGUUUCAAAAUAGACUGGGUUUGUUUUUCUUCUUUUUGUCAUUUUUUGGGUUUUCAACACUUACAGGAUUACACUCUUUUUCAAUAGAGAGAAUCAUUUUUUUGAAGGAGCGGUCAAACAACUAUUAUCAUCCCUUGAGUUAUUACAUUAGUAAAAUUAUUUGUGAUGUGCUACCAUUGAGAAUUUUCCCUCCUAUACUCUUAACAAGUAUAGCUUACCCAUUGAUUGGUUUAAACCUCGAAAAUAAUGGAUUCAUCAAGUGUCUUUUAAUUUUGGUGUUGUUCAAUUUAACAGUUUCCAUCGAAAUAUUAAUUAUAGGUAUUUUGGUGAAAGAUUCAAGCAAUGCUACCAUGAUUGGUGUCUUAACUUUGUUAUUCUCUUUGUUAUUUUCAGGCUUGUUCAUAAAUAGAGAUAGUCUCAAAUUUGGAUUUCUCCAAUAUCUGAGUAUGUUCCAUUAUGGCUAUGAGGCAUUGGCUGUCAAUGAGGUCAAAACGUUAAUUUUGAGAGAAAAGAAGUAUGGAUUAUCGAUAGAGAUACCUGGAGCUACUAUUUUGAGUACAUUUGGAUUCAAUGUAGGUGGAUUAGUGAAAGAUGUUAUCUCUUUGGGUUUAUGGAAUUUGCUUUUUUUGGUAUUGGGUUACGUUUCCCUUUACUUCUAUGUUGUUGAGCAAAGAUGA